CGUGGCCAAGCACAGCAUCGAAAACUUAAAAUCGAAUCGUUUCAAUUUAAACGAAUGAAUCGAAUAAAACGAAUUAAUCGAUUUUCUGUAUUCGAUUCCCUCAUCACUAAAUUUAAAAUUCAAAUAGUAAACGUAAACAAACAAACAUGGGUAUCAAACAUUUGUGGACUUUAUUAACACCUUUUUGUGAAAGAAAACCUUUGUACGAACUUCAGGGUAAAACAGUAGCCGUUGAUUUAUCAUGUUGGAUUUGUGAAGCUCAAAAUAUUGCAGAUUAUCAAGUCCAACCACGAAUGUAUUUGAGGAAUUUAUAUUUCCGAACUUGUUAUCUCUUGUUAAUGGAUGUUAAUCCAGUAUUUGUUUUGGAGGGUAAGGCUCCCGAGUUAAAAUAUGAUACAAUAACUGCUAGAAAUGCAAUUCAGUUCAAAGGUGCUAAACCUAAGACUGAUGGAGUUAAAACUGGCAAAGAUAGAUCUAGAUUUCAUUUUGUACUUAAAAGAUGUGAGGAAAUGUUAUCCUAUAUGGGCCUGGUCUGUGUAACUGGUUGUGGAGAAGCUGAAAGUUUAUGUGCUUAUCUGAAUGAUGAAGGGCUUGUUGAUGGGUGUAUUUCUCAGGAUUCGGAUUGUUUUGCAUAUGGGGCAAAAGUAGUGUAUCGAAAUUUUUCUAUUGCAUCUCAAGGAGCUCAUGCAGCUAGUGGAGGUGCUGUUGAUAUUUAUGAUGUAACUAGAGCUUUUGAGAGUAUGAAUUUCGGUAGAAAUAAAAUAAUAGCAAUGGCAUUAUUAUGUGGUAGUGACUACACUGAAGGGGUGCAAGGUAUUGGAAAAGAAUCAGUACUCAAAUUAUUUGAUAAAAUAUCAGAUGAAGAAAUUUUGGAAAGACUGCGAUCUUGGAGAAAUGAUAUUGAACUGUACAAAAAAUUUGAAAAUUUGGUAUCUGAUAAAAAUAUUUGCACAUCUUGUGGUCAUAAUGGAAAGUUACAGUCUCACAAUAAGAAAGGUUGCACUUUCUGUGGCACAACAACUGGUUGCGAUCCCUUUAAGUUCAGAGAAGAAAGAAUGAACAUCAAAAACGAACUGAAUAUAAGAAAGAAAGCAUUAGAAGAUCCCAAUUUUCCAGAUGAACGUUUGAUAAAUGAAUUUCUAGUAAAAAAAGAUAACAUGUCUAGCCUUAAUUUAAAAUGGAAACAGCCUAAUCUGGUUAGUUUUGUGAAUUUCACUACAAAAUUUUUACAAUGGGAUGAAAUAUAUGGAUUUGAGAAAAUUCUACCCAUCUUGACGAGGUGGCAAUGUUUACACCCGGAUUUAAUCAAAGAGAAAAACCAUAAAGGAAUUUUAUAUCCGAAAUGCAUUAAGAAAAUUAGAAAUCCAAAAGGUAUUCCAAGUUAUGAAAUUAUUUGGACAGAUGAAGCAGGUUAUUUCAAAGGGCUGAUACCAGAUCAAAUGAUACAAGAGAAUAAUGUAGACAUAGAAAAACUUUGGUCAACUAUCGAACCCCAGGUUUUAGUAGAUAAAGCCUACCCAAAGUUAGUUGAAGAGUUCAAUGAUAGAAAAACAAAAUCAAAGAAAAAUACUAAGAGAAAAAAGAAAGAAAGUAAUGUUGAUGAAAUUGGAGAGUUGAUGAAGAAUACUUCCUUAUCCGAUUUAAUUCCUCCAAAAAUAAGAAAAACUUCAAAUAACAAAAAAGUGCGAAAUGAAGUUGAGAAGAAGGAAAAUGCUGUAAGGGAUAUGGUAGUACAUUUCGCACAGAAAAAAAAUGGACCAUUAGAUAAUUUCCUGAAAACAGCAGUUUUGAACAGUCACAAACAGAAAGAUCAAGAAAAGACCGAGUUUGUUAGUGAUGAAAAUCAGUGUUUUACAUCUACUCCAAAGAAAUGCAAGGAAGAUAUUAAUUUGUCACGUUUUUCAGAUGAAGAUAAUGAUAUUGAUCUUUCUGAUAUAGUCGAAAGUAUUAUUUCACGAAAACCGGAUUACAUUAUUGAAAAUUUAAAUAAAUUUAAACUACAACUUGAUGUUGAUAAUUUCAACAAUGAUAAUUGCAAUUCUUCAAGUUUUUUCAUAACAAAUCCUGUGGAAAAUGACAUGUUUGAAAAAACUUUUAAUGAAGCAGAUGAUAGCGGAGAAAGUACAGAUGAAUAUUGUUACGAUGAAAAUGAGUAUUUGGAAAAUCAUAAAGUAACCACAUUAUCAUACGUUAAUGAAAAUAUAAUUCCACAAUCUGUAGAUGAAAAAAAACUACAUCAAUCACAAAUGAGUGAAAAUGAGGACACUUGUGAUAGUUUCUGUGAUACAUAUAUUCCUCUUUUGGAAAGGUUGAAAAACAAAAACAAGUGAAACAUUUUUCAACAAUAUAUUAUUAAAUUAG